CCAUCGCCCCUGCACAAUCACAAUCAUCCAAAUAAGUGACCCGUACAGAAACAUACAUAGUGAAUCUGGACUUUACUGCAGCAGAAGAACCACAGAGCAAAAAGAGUUCACACCGCCACUGAACUACAGCGAGAGAUGGAGAGAAUUUAAAAAAGCAAGGGCACAGCGAUGACAAGCAAAAGAUGUCUCUGUGUCACCCACAGGAACACCCUGACAAUGCAAUUUUCUGCUGUGCUGUCCUGCCUGCUCUUAUUGCAGUUUACCCGUACAUCUGUACAUGCAGAAUGUCCUGCUGUUUGCUCCUGUAGUGAAGACCAUCGGACGGUUGACUGUUCCUGGCAGGGACUGAGACAUCUGCCCGCUGGACUGGAGCGUAACAUCCAGUCUCUCAACAUGACCCACAAUCGGCUGUCCGACCUGGACCAUGAUCUAAGCUCAUUCACACACCUGCGCAUCCUGGACGUCUCCUACAACCGACUGCAUCACUUCCCAGCCACACUACCUCGGGCUCUUUGGGAAAUCGACAUGUCUGGAAACCGCCUGCAUGUGCUCAACAAAGGUGACACAGUGUACCAGUGGAACCUUAAAGUUUUGGAUUUGUCAAUCAAUAAGCUGGAGCGUGUCGUUUUUAUCAACAACACACUACCCAACUUGAAGGCUCUCAAUCUGAGUCACAACAAGUUCUGGACCGUACCCACCAACAUGCCCCAAAACCUAGAGAUGGUGGAUCUAUCGCACAACAAUCUGCUUCAGAUUUUGCCAGGUUCACUCGAUCGACUUCCCAGGUUGGCUCAGUUAUACCUGCACGCAAACCGCUUUACUACGGUCAAUGAAGGAGCGUUUCAAUAUCUACACGGUCUGAAGAUCAUCACUUUAGGAGACAACCCUUGGGCUUGCGAUGUAACGGCAAACAUCACCCAUCUGUUGCUUUGGACCAAGCGUACUUCCGCCCGUGUCCUGGGAUGCCCGUGCCACACCUGGCACACAUGUGGAGAGGCUUAUGUGGCCCAGACGGGAAGCUGGCAUUUUGAAACUGACACAUCGUCUCCAUACAUCUUUGGAAUUGAAGAACCAAGUCAUCCAUCCAUCCAAGCAGUCACUUCGCACUUCUGGACCGAGAUGAACACGCAUCACACCAGGGAUGACCAAUCAGUGUUUAGGAGCAACAAGGAACACAGAAACAUUCACACAACUACAGAUAGUCCAGUCACAACUGGCCACUUCUUCACCACCAGUAACACCAUGAUCUCCACCACCCGCAGGACCACCACUCUUCGUACCCGAAGCGUGAAGAGAGCAAAUCAGAAGAUUGGUAAAAACACAAGCUCAGGAUGUUCCCGUUCAUUGUCCACAUCGGGAUUGCUUUUUCUAAUAGCCAUGAUGCAAAGUAUCUAAAUGCCAGAGGAGUCAGAUUUCUUUUCCACCAGGGCUGGCAUGGGAACUCGAAUCUAACAUGGAAUUGCAAUGCACUUUUCCACACAAUAAAGCCCUGGUCACGAGUCUAAAAUCUUGCUAGUCUCGAACAAUAGGAACCGGUGACGUCAGAUGGCAUCUCAAACAGUGUUAUUAGAUGCAUUUUUGCUUACUUAAUGUCACAAAUAUUGUCGCACAACUUCCACAAUUAAAAGCACAGUUUAAAAUUGCACUGUAAUAUCAAAAUAUGAAGCAAGGUCAUCCGAUGUCAUUAUACCAGGGUUUGAAAUUGCGACAACAUCAGUCACAUAUGGUCUUGAAAUUUAAUUUACAUUAAAAUAUAUUUGAGAGCAUUUGUGCGAGUGCACAUGAUGAAACUUUACACAAAUUACUCAGUUAAAUACAUGAAGCUCAUAUUCACAGUUCACGCAGAUUUUAUUGUUUCAUUGAGAAAUACGAUGGUCAAAUACACACUGACAACUUAUCAUAAUAAAAGACUGUUAAAUGUAAUGAAGAUAAUAGAAAUAUAUUACUAUUGUAUAGUAAAAUCUACUUUUAAAAUAAUAAAAAUAAUGAUUUAUUUAUUUCUUAAGUAAUAUAAUCACCCUCAAAAGAUUUAUUUUAUUAUUAUUUAAAAAAAGAUAAAUUAUUACAUUUUAUGAAUUCAGUUUAUUAAACAUGCUGUUUGAUAAGUAAAAUGAAAUAAACCAUAAAAUUUUUUUAAGUGAAAAUACAGAAUUCAGAUAAAUUAAAAUAGAAAAAAUGGGAUUUGUGAAAAUAAAAACUGAAUUUAAUAUAAAUAAUAAAAAAUAAUUAAAUGGUAUUUAUAUGCCACCACGAAUCUAUACAUUUUAAGCAUAAGAGCUUGUUAAAAAAAUGGGCCAAGCACAAAUCAGGUGUGUGGCAAAUAAUUUAACAUCAAGUUUAAUUUUUUAGGCUUUUAAUUUUUAGAGUUAUGAAGUUUUGGUGCUCCUAAUUUUUAUACUGGUGCUCCUAACUUUUACAUUUGGGAGCACCAGUGCUACCUACUAAAAAAGUAACUAUGGUUUGACAAGAAUCGAAAUUAAAAACAUGGUAAAUCAAGUAAAACUUUUCAAAGCGUCUGCAAAUAAAUAAAUAAAAUAGAUGUUCAACAUCAGCUAAAGCUAAACUAUAUAAGUUUAAAUAUGUUUGGUGCUAACACAAAUCCAGCCCUGGUGGAAAACUAAUAAGAGUAUCGUACUUCAAAACUGGUUUAUGCCAUAUACUAUAAAGCAAUUCUAAUAAAUACGUAACAUGUUUUGCACAUCUCCUAAUGUUUCAUGAAAGGACACAAAAUGGACUAAAUCAUUUUGUCUAUACGAGGCAACUAGCAGGUUUACAUAUACAUUUACAUGAGAGGGGUGAAGCAGAAUUUUAUUUUCA